AUGGCAGUGCUUAAUGUCCUCCUCUCGCCCUGGGCGCCAGUGGCGGCCUUUGUCGCUCUGAUUGCCUAUGUCUUAUAUCCUUAUCUUGUGUCAUACAAGGACCUGAAGGGUAUACCCGCUGUCUUCCCGGCUCAGUUUACAGACCUGUGGCUGUUCGCGGUUUGCAGACGAGGCAACCGAUACGAGGUCGUCAAUGAAGCCCACAAACGUCUGGGAAAGGUUGUACGGCUCGCGCCGAACCAUGUCAGCGUGGCAGAUGUCGAUGCAAUUCCAGUGAUAUACGGCCACGGCAAUGGCUUUCUGAAAUCCGACUUCUAUGACCCCUUCGUGUCAAUUCGCCGGGGAUUGUUUAACACGAGAAACCGGGCCGAGCACUCACGAAAGCGGAAGAUAGUCUCACAUACCUUUGCACCAAAGUCGGUUGUCGAGUUUGAGCCAUACGUGCGACAGAACCUGGAACUCUUCGUCAAACAAUGGGACUCUCUCAGCAGCACGCCUCUUCCUGAUGGCUAUGCUCACUUAGACUGCCUAUCCUGGUUCAACUACCUAGCCUUUGAUACGAUAGCCGACCUGGCCUUUGGCAAACCUUUUGGGAUGCUCGCAUCUGGCGCGGACAUUGCCGAGAUCAAAGCAUCCCCGACGAGCCCUCCCAUAUACGCACCAGCAUGUGAGAUCUUGAAUCGCCGUGGCGAGGUAUCGGCCACACUCGGAGCCAUGCCUUGGUUGAAGCCAUACGCCAAGUGGCUGCCAGACCCAUUUUUUAGCAAAGGACUAGAGGCUGUUGAGAACCUGGCUGGUAUUGCCAUCGCACGUGUUAGUGACCGUCUGGCCUCGCCGCCAGAUAUCAACCGCAAGGACUUGUUGGCUCGAUUGAUGGAAGGGAAGGAUGAGAAGGGCGAGCCGCUCGGCAGAGAAGAGCUGACUGCCGAAGCCCUGACGCAGCUCAUCGCCGGCAGCGAUACGACCUCCAACAGCUCCUGCGCGCUCCUGUACCACGUCGUCCGGACCCCCCACGUAUUCCCCAAGCUGCGCGCGGAGCUCGACGAGGUCAUCUCGGACGACGCCGAGGUGCCGACCUUUGAGCAGGUCAAGCGGCUGCCGUACCUGGAGAUGGUCAUCAACGAGACGCUGCGGUACCACUCGACGUCGGGCAUCGGGCUGCCGCGGCAGAUCCCGGCCGAGUCGCAGGGCAUCCACCUCAACGGGCGCUUCUUCCCGGCGGGCACCGUGCUGAGCGUGCCGACCUACACCAUGCACCACUCCAAGGAGAUCUGGGGCGCCGACGCCGACGAGUUCGUGCCCGAGCGGUGGGAGAACCUGACGCCGCAGCAGAAGAACGCCUUCAUCCCCUUCAGCCACGGCCCGCGGUCGUGCGUCGGGCGCAACCUGGCCGAGAUGCAGAUGAAGCUGAUUGCGGCCACGUGGGUCAAGCGGUACGACGUGUUCCUGCGGCAGAAGGUCAUGGAGACCCGCGAGGGGUUUUUGAGAAAACCGCUCGGCCUUGAGGUUGGAAUCAAGCGUCGUUAG